GCGGGACAUGGGACGCCCCCGAAGCAAAAAGGACGAGACACAAUGUGAAAAUGACAGAAAUGUGAAGACGAGGCAAAAGCAAAGGAGAGACAACCGUCUAGAGUCGUCUUGCGUUUGUGAGGGAUGGAUCCUUUGAACUCCACCCAUUUUCCCAGCAACCAAUCAGACGUGAGCAGCGUCUUCACGCAUCGGGUGCUCCCUUGGCUCUACUUUGUCAUCUGCGCGGCGGGCUUGCCGCUCAACGGCGCGGCCGCCUGGAUCUUCUUCCGGGUGCCCAGCGACUCGGCGCUGGUGGUCUACCUGAAGAACAUGGCGGUGGCCGAUCUCCUGAUGCUGGCCACAUUCCCCUUCCGGGUGGCGGUGGAGCUGGGCCUGGGCGGCUGGCGUCUCCGGGCGCUCACGUGCCGCUACACCUCGGUGCUAUUCUACACCUCCAUGUACGUGGGGAUCCUUCUGAUGGGCCUCAUCAGUCUGGAGCGCUACGUGAAGAUCGUCCAGCACACCGGUUCCGGCCGGGCUCACUUCCUGCAAAACGUGGGCCCGGCCCGGGUUCUGGCCACGCUGGCCUGGAGCCUCCUGAUCCUGUGCGCACUCCCCAACGCGGUGCUGACCAGCCGACCGGCCGACGAGGAAUCAUCUCGCCACUGCAUGCGGCUGAAGACUCCGCUUGGUGUGCAGUGGCACCGGGCGUCCACGUUCUUCAGCGUAGGCUUGUUCUGGCUUACCCUGCUGGUUCUGGCCUUCUGUUACUGGUCCAUCACCCGCCAAAUCUACCGCUCCUACCGCCGCGUCCGGCGCGACGGUGCCGAUGUCCGGCGCAAGUCCAACCGCAGCAUCUUCUGCAUCCUGGCCGUGUUCUUUAUCUGCUUCGUGCCGUACCACGUCUGCCGCGUGCCCUACACCCUCAGUCAGAUGCCGGAGUCCGGAUUCGGCCGGGAGUCGCGCUUCCUUCUCUUCCAGGCCAAGGAGGCUACGCUCUUCCUGUCCUCAGUCAACGUCUGCCUGGAUCCCGUCAUCUAUUUCCUCAUGUGCCAGAAGUUCAGAGAGUCUCUGCUCGGGCAGAUCUCAGGAGGGGACAGAAGCAUCUCCAUCACUGCCGCGCCCAGUCUCAGCAAUAUUUAGAACCGGGGAACAUCUCAGAAUCGCGGGAAGUGAGGGAACAAGGGAUGAAGCUGAGGAUACGCCUGAGGAACCGAGGAGUUUGACUAAGCUCAGUGAGAUGGAGGAGAAGAACUGAGGAACAAGCAAAGACACCAUGGGAGGAAGUGAUGCAAAAUAGAAGGAAUAAGGGGAUGUAUGAUGAGUAAGGGACGGAACAGGAAACAAACGGAAGAUUAGGUGAGAGGAAAUGUGACAGGGCAAUAGGAAGUGAGAAAAGGACACUAAGAGCUAAGGGAACAUUGUCAUGGUUUGAGUUGGGCACAAAUUUAAAAGAACCUUAGUGCCGGCGAUCCCAAUUCGUCCCCCUUGACCAGGUCAGGACUCCAACCCAGCGCCACAGGAGGGCACGGUAACCGCUAGGCUAAAAGCCCAGGCUAGCGGCAGUAGCAGUGUGCUCUCUUGAAGGCAUCAGGAUUAAGGUUCCCACGGCAUACAGCCAAAAAUACGAUACCAAAAGCAAACAGAUAUGGUUGUGGAAUCAUUCAUAAUUAAAUCACAUGAAUUCCCCCUAAGAGCCACUAGGGGGCGACCAACGCAUUGCAUAUAAAACCGACUCCAAAACUGGCCCGAGAUCAAGAGGAAGUGGCCCAAUUCAACAGUAAGUGACCCCUAAAUGGCCCAAAAUCAAUAGGAAGUGCCACUGAAAUGUCCCAAAAAAACAACAGGAAGUUACCCCCAAACUGAGCCCAGAUCAAUAGGAUGUGAGCCAAUAGCAGGAAGUGACCCAGAAACCAUAUCAAUAGAAAGCAAACCAAUAUGAAUAGGAGGUGACCUCGAAAUGCCUUAAAUAUCAACAGGAAAUGACCUCAAAAUGCCCAAACAUUAACAGGAAGUGACAUUAAAAAAUGACCACAGAUCAACUAGAACUGAACAGAUAACAACAGGAAGUGACCCUGACAACCCAUUCAUCAAUAGGAAGUGACCUAAUAUGAUUAGGAAGUGACCCUGAAAUGCCCCAAAAUGAAAUGGAAGUGAACCUGAAAUCCCUCAUAUCAAUAGAAACUGGUAGUAACCCUAAAUACACCAAAAUCAACCGGAAGUGACCUCAAAAUGCCUAAAACAUCAACAGAAAGUGACCCCGAAAUGCCUCAAAAAUCAAGAGGAAGUCACCCCCAAAAUGAUCCCAGAACAACAGGAAGUGACCCGUUAUCAACUGGACCAUGAAAUACCUGCAAAUUAACAGGAAGUGACCCACUGUCAAUAGGAAGUGACCCCAAAAUGGCCAAAAACCAACAGGAAGUGACCCUAAAAAUGACCCCAAAUAGACAGGAAGUGACCUGAUAACAACAGGAAAUGACCCCCAAAUGUCCCAAAAUCAACAGGAAGUGAUGCGAUAUCAACAGGAAGUGACCCAGAAAUGCCCAAAAAUCAAUAGGAAGUGACCCUAAAAAUGACCCCAAAUCAACAGGAAGUGACCUGAUAACAACAGGAAGUGCCCCCGAAAAUCAAAAAGAAGUGAUGCGAUUUCAAUUGAGAAUUACCCUGAAUUGCCCAAAAAUCAAUAGGAAGUGAGCCUCAAAAUGAUACCAGAUCAACAGGAAAUGACCUGCUAUCAACCGGACCAUGAAAUACCCACAAAUUAACAGGAAGUGACCCAAUUUCAAUAGGAAGUGACCCCAAAAUGCCCAAAAACCAACAGGAAGUGACCCUGAAAUCCCCCCAAAUCAACAGGAAGUGAUGCGAUAGCAACAGGAAGCGACCCCCAAAUGUCUACAAUUAACAGGAAGUGACACGAAAUGCCCCUGAAUCAAUGGUAAGUGACCCAAUAUGAACAGGAAGUGACCCCAAAUUGCCCAAAAAUCAUUAGGAAGUGACCCUCAAAAUGUUCCCAGAACAACAAGAAGUGGCCCGUUAUCAACAGGACCAUGAAAUACCCACAAAUUAACAGGAAGUGACCCUGAUAUGCCCCAAAAUAAACAGGAAGUGACUCCAAAAAUGACCUUGAAUCAAUGGGAGGUGACCCAAUAUGAAUAGGAAGUGACCCCGAAAUGAUCCCAGAGCAACAGGAAGUGACCAGUUAUCAACAGGACCAUGAAACAUUGAAUACUCAAUGUCAUCAGGAAGUGACCCAAAAACACCUUAAAAAUCAACAGGAAGUGACCCUGAAAUGCCCCAAAAUCAACAGGAAGUGACCCCAAAAUGCCAAAAAAAAAAAAAAAAAAAAAAAAAAUCAACAGGAAGUGACCACGAAAUGCUUAAAAAUCAAUAGGAAGUUAACCCCCAAAUUAUCCCAGAUCAACAGGAAGUGACCCAAUGUCAACAGGAAGUGACCACGAAAUGCCCAGAAACCAACAGGAAGUCACCCUGAAAUGCCUCAAAACCAACAGGAAGUGAUGCGAUAUCAACAGGAAGAGACCCCAAAAUGCCUAAAAAAAAUCAACAGGAAGUGACCUCGAAAUGCUUAAAAAUCAAUAGGAAGUUAACCCCCCAAAAUAUCCCAGAUCAACAGGAGGUGACCCAAUGUCAACAAGAAGUGACCACGAAAUGCCCAGAAACCAACAGGAAGUCAGGCUGAAAUGCCGCAAAAUCAACAGGAAUUGAUGCGAUAUCAACAGGAAGUGACCCAAAAAUACCUUACAAAGCAAGAGGAUGUGACCAAGAAUUGCCCAACAAUCAAUAGGAAGUGGCCCCUCAAAUGAUCCCAUAUGAACAGAAAGUGACCCAUUAUUAACCGGACCAUGAAAUACCCAAUAAAAUUAACAGCAAGUGACCCAAUGUCAAUAGGAGGUGACCCCAAAAAUCAACAGGAAGUGACCCCGAAAUGCCCCAAAAUCAACAGGAAGUGAUGCGAUAUCAACAGGAAGUGACCCUAAAAUGCCUGAAAAAAAAUCAACAGGAUGCGACCCCAAAACGCCCAAAAAUAGGAAGUGACCCUGUAAUGCACCAAAAUCAACAGGAAGUGAUGCGAUAUCAACAGGAAGUGACCCUAAAAAUGGACACAGUUGACCCGAUAACUACAGGAAGUGACCCCCAGAUGCCUAAAAAUACCUAAUAAAAAUCAACAGGAUGUGACCCAGAAUUGCUCAAAAAUCAAUAGGAAGCAACCCCUCAAAUGAUCCCAUAUCAACAGGAAGUGACCCGUUACCAACUGGACCAUAAAAUACCCACACUCUAACAGGAAGUGACCUAAUGUUAACAGGAAGUGACUCUAAAAAUGACCCCAGAUCAACUGGUAGUGCCACCAAAAAUGUUCCCAGAUCAACAGGAAGUGACCUCGAAAUGCCUAAAAAUACCUUUAAAAAAAUCAACAGGCUGUGACCCAGAAUUGCCCAAAAAUCAAUAGGAAGCAACCCUUCAAAUGAUCCCGUAUCAACAGGAAGUGACCCGUUAUAAACCGGACCAUGAAAUACCCACAAACUAACAGGAAGUGACCUAAUAUUAACAGGAAGUGACCCUGAAAUGCCCCAAAAACCAACAGGAAGUGACCCUAAAAAUGACCCCAGAUCAACAGAAAGUGACCCCAAAAUCAACAGGAAGUGUUGCGAUAUCAACAGGAAGUGAUCCCCAAAUGCCUACAAUUGACAGGAAGUGACUAUGAAAUGCCCAAAAAUAAACAGGAAGUGACCUAAAAAUGACCACAGAUCAACAGGUAGUGCCACCAAAAAUGAUCCCAGAUCAACAGGAAGUGACCCGAUAACUACAGGAAGUGAAAUGCCCCCAUACCAAUUGGAAAUAAACCAGUAUGAACUGGAAGUGACACCAAAAUACCCCAAAAUCAAUAGGACGUGACCCCCAAAAUGAUCCCAUAUCAACAGGAAGUGACCCAUUAUCAACCUGACCAUGAAAUACCCACAAAUUAACAGAACGUGACCCCGAAAUGCCCCAAAAUCAAUGGGUAAUGACCCAAUAUGAACAGGAAGUGACCCUGAAAUGACCACAUAUCAAUAAGAAAUGAACCAAUAUGAAGAGGAAGUGACCCUUAAAUGCCUUAAAAUCAACAGGAACUGGCGCAAUGUCAACAGGAAGUGACCCAAUGUCAACAGGAAGUGACUCCGAAAUGCCCAAAAACCAUCAGGAAGUGACCCCGAAUCAAUGGGAGGUGGCCCAAUAUGAACAGGAAGUGUCCUUUAAAUGCCCCAAAAUCAACAGGAAGUGGCGCGAUAUCAACAGGAAGUGAAUGCCUCAAAACCCAACAGAGAGUAACAUGAUAUUCCCACCAUCCCUGCAAAGCUACCAUUUUCUACUUCAUACCAAGUUGUUUUUAGCCAGUCUUUUGUUUGAAAUCCAGAGUUUUGUUUUUGGUCAGUUUGAUGAAACAUUUUGGAGUUAGCACCACCCUGCAGACCCUCCCUUCCAUAUGUUGGGGUCUCAGUCUACCUUGUUCUUUGCCUGCUUGCCCAACAUGAGAGCAGGAUGAGGCUUCAUCUGCUGAUUCUUUCAUUCUUUUGUCCAUUUUGUGUAUUUUACUGCCCUCUAACGGACUAUGGGAGUACUGUUUUUGUAACCGCAAGAGUCUGUAUUAUACAUUACGGCCUACAGAGAGCAGUGUACUCACGCGAAUUGACAUAAAGCCAUGAAGUAUUUUUGGACACUUUCAAAAUAAAACACUCGGCCCACAGAAGCUGGUCAAAUGAUGAUUUGCUUUCCAAAUAAAGGGGUU